UCCAUGUGGAAGACAAAACGAAGCACGGUGAAGGGUUAUUUCCUGGCUGGAGGAAAGAUGGUUUGGUGGCCUGUGGGUGCGUCCCUGUUUGCUAGUAAUGUUGGGAGUGGGCAUUUCAUAGGCCUGGCUGGAUCAGGGGCAGCGUCGGGAAUCGCUGCUACGGCGUAUGAGUGGAACGGAAUGUUUUGUGUUUUGGUGCUGGCCUGGCUAUUUCUUCCUAUUUACAUAGCAGCUGGGGUUACAACCAUGCCUGAGUACUUACAGAAACGCUUUGGUGGCAAAAGAAUACAGAUCUUCCUGGCAAUUCUCUAUUUGUUUAUCUAUAUAUUCACCAAAAUAUCAGUUGAUAUGUAUGCUGGGGCCCUGUUCAUUCAGCAAGCCUUACGCUGGGACCUCUACGUUGCUGUCAUAGGUCUGCUGGCAAUCACUGCUGUUUACACUGUUGCAGGUGGCCUGGCAGCUGUGAUUUACACAGACACUCUGCAGACUGUCAUCAUGCUGGCUGGGGGAUUAACUCUUAUGGGGUUCAGCUUUGUUAAAAUUGGUGGGCUUGAAAGUUUGCAGGCCAAAUACUUUAAAGCCAUUGCUAGUAGCCACAAAGGAAACAGUAGCUGUGGCUUACCAAGAGAAGAUGCCUUCCACAUUUUCCGAGACCCUGUCACCUCUGACCUUCCCUGGCCAGGAGUUCUGAUUGGAAUGACCAUCCCAUCUCUGUGGUACUGGUGUACAGAUCAGGUCAUUGUUCAAAGGUCCCUUGCAGCUAAAAACCUCUGUCAUGCCAAAGGAGGUUCGUUGUUGGCCUCCUAUCUGAAAAUUUUGCCUCUCUUCAUGAUGGUGAUGCCAGGCAUGAUCAGCCGGGUUCUCUUCCCAGACCUGGUGGCUUGUGCAGACCCAGAAAUCUGUCGGAAAAUCUGUGGCAACCCAUCUGGCUGUUCUGAUAUUGCUUACCCCAAACUGGUCAUAGAACUGCUGCCUCUCGGGCUCAGGGGCCUCAUGAUGUCAGUGAUGAUUUCAGCACUUAUGUCCUCCCUGACUUCCAUCUUUAACAGCUCCAGCACCAUAUUCACCAUGGAUCUCUGGCGGCACUUCCGGCCCCGUUCUUCUGAGUGGGAACUUAUGCUUGUCGGCAGGGUGUUUGUGCUGCUGCUCGUGGUGGUGUCGAUUCUGUGGAUCCCGCUGGUUCAGGCCAGCCAAGGGGGACAGCUAUUCAUUUAUAUCCAGACAAUCAGCUCCUACCUACAGCCCCCUGUGGCCAUGGUUUUCAUCCUGGGCUGUUUCUGGAAGAGAACGAAUGAAAAGGGGGCGUUCUGGGGCCUGCUGACUGGCAUGCUGCUGGGCUUCAUCCGGCUGGUGCUGGACUUUAUCUACUUGCAGCCCCAAUGCGGGGAGCCAGACCGCCGGCCGGCCGUGGUGAGAUAUGUGCACUACCUGUACUUCUCCAUGAUCCUCAGUGUCAUCACGACAGUCACUGUGGUGGUCGUGAGCCUGCUCACAGAACCUCCCUCGGAAGAAAUGAUCAGUCAUCUCACCUGGUUCACACGCUGGGAUCGACCAGCCAAGAAACACCCAGCAGUCAGUACUUCUCCUGAUACUGGAAGUGGCGUAUGUAAGUCUGAGUGUCUGCCUGCCCAGCUCGAUAUUAGCGUUGUUCCUGAAAAUAUUUCCAAUGACAAUACAAGCGUGACUGGUACUCGGAAAGGGUCUAAACCGAUGAGAGUCUUCUUGUGGCUCUGUGGGAUGGAGAGCAAACAAGAACAUCCUCCUGAGAACACAGCUCCUACCGGCCCUGAACGUGCUGUGGCUUCAUUGGAUGAGCAGCCUUUGGUGAAACACAUUCUGAACAUCAACUUGAUACUAUGCGUAUGUGCCGGCAUCUUCCUCUGGGGCUACUUCGCAUAGCAGCUUGCCAGAUGAUUCAAGGGACACCGUCAGCUAAUCUUAGGCCCCCAA